UCACUUGAGUUCUUUAUAUUAAAAUCCAACGUCAGUUUAUAUGUCAAUGGAACUCAUUAUAAGAGCAAAACACAAAAAAUAUCGGAAGAAUACAAGAUAUGGCUGCAAAAAACAAACAUUAAAUUGAGACCAAUAAAGGAAGACAAGAGUCUAUAUUUUGACUCGAAUAUCUUCGCAAUGGCGGUGCCGAUGGCUGCGCUGAGUAAAGCCCAGUUCAACCUGACCUACAACUACCUGCUUCAUCGCCAAAAUAACAAAUACAAGUUUCCAGUUUACCUUUUCUUUCGGCAAGGGCAAUAUGUGGACGAUGUGGCCGUCAACACUUACUUGUGGGAACCGACGGAAAUUAUAGGAACGUCCGUGAAUCUUUUAAAAGAACACAAUAUGCCAGUUGCGAGCAUCGAACAAAAGUUAAAAUCUGAUCCGAAAAUUCACCGGAAAUCUCCAAAUAAUAUCCAUAUAACAUACAAGACUUCUUUGGGUAUGAUCAGUAAUUUAUUUACUAGAAAUUUGUUACUGGAAUAUUCUUUGAAACAAAAUCGCAAAUCUUCAGGAAAUGUCUUGUGGAACAACAAAGAGGGACUGAUUUUCUUCUCACCUCGACGGUUGAAAGCGUUUCCAAAGGACAUUAUCUUCACCAUUGACUAUACUGAUUCCAUGAAAGGCGAGAAAUUGUCCGAAGUGAAAAAAGCAUUAUCCAGCAUAUUACGAAUGACCUCCCCAAAAGACCGGUUCAAAAUUCUUUUAUACAACAAGGACGUGUACCAAUGGUCUUAUGGUUUGCUGCCUGUUAGCUCCCGCAACAUUAAAGUGGCUUUCGCGUUAUUUAAGAAGAUUAUGCCGAGUGAUACGAGUGAUUUAAAUUUGGCCAUUGAAGAAAGUUUAAAACAGUUGAAGAAAUCUGCUUCCAACAAAAAGAGAGUCCGAGUUGUGUAUUUCCUCACAGAUGGCUGGCAGUCAAUGCCUCAUAUCAAAAGACACAAAAUAACCAAAUCGUUCCGUGAAGCUAACAAAGAUUGCAAAGCUAUAUUCUUCACCGUUGCUUUAUAUCCGAAAGCUGAUUACGUCUUAUUGAAAACCUUAUCGAAUCUGAGCGGAGGCAAAACGUUGAGAAUUACUGAGAAACAAAACAUAUCAAAGGCUAUGGUAAAUUUCUACAAAGAAAUGAGGACACCGCUUUUAACUAAUUUAUCAACAGUCGGACCUUAUUAUAAUACAUCAUAUUACGUUGGUUUGAAGGAUUAUUACAAAGGUUCUGAAAAUAUCUUGUAUUUUAACAAAGCUAAUGUGAACUCUAGUGAUGGUAGCACGUUAUAUGUCUACUCUGACAGCGCAAAUGGCGCAGUCAAGUUCAAAAGUACCAUUGAAGAUUCUCACAUCGAAGAUAAUAUUGGAGGGCUUAACAGUGUACAGAGAAAGAAUUUCAUGGCAAAAUAUUUGGAUUUUUUAUUUGUAAGAAUGGUUAUUGACAGAAAGUUGAAAGCACGCGAAGAAGAAGCAAUCGACAAAGCAACGAAGAAUGGCUUUUUAACACCCUGGACCUACAUGUCUGCGCUGCCCAGCACUUACGACGCUGUUCAAAAUUUAGUUACUGGAGAACAUUUUGGAUGUAGAGAUAGAAAUACCUGGAAGAGGCUUCACAGGAUCAGGAGUCGGAGAUCCUCAUUUCACUGUCAGCAUCCGUGGAUUGAAAAGACCAGUUUGUUUUGAUUUACACGGACAUGAUGGCGACGUUAUUAAUUUGCUGGCAGACGACACUGCAAACCUGUAUGUCAAUGCGAGAAUUAUCAAAGCCAGCAUCAAUUCUAAGAAAACCUAUUUAGGAGAAAUAAGCAUCAUAAAAGCACAUAAAACGUGGGUGAUCAGCCCAGACCAAGUCGAACGUACAAUAUCUGAUCAACUGCAAUGGAAAGAUAUCGAUAAAAUUAAUAUGACUAAUGCAGUCAAUGUGACGUACGAAGGUGAUCAGAUUAACCAGAUUGACAACUCAUCGAUUAACGAUAUAUCGAUCAGACAUUCUGGUUACAGAACUUUAACGUUGACGACAAGCAGCAAGAAAGGUAGAAUCGAAUUUUUAUUGCGACGUUCUAAAACUAAACAUCAACCAAUUAAAAUGAAGUAUUUGAAUUUCUAUCUGACCGAUUCCACUGGACUGAGUGACUCCGAUCACGGACUGAUUGGUCAGUUUAUCAGUUGGAAAGGAAAUAUAACGAAGCUCUACAUGCAACCGAAUGGAAAAAUCCAGUCUUGGAUCAAAUUAGAAAACGAAAGAGAGAACCGAAAUCGAACCUUUACAGCUGUUUUAACACACAAUCGCCGAUCAAUGUAUUCGCAUCAGCAAUGUUGGACAGUUUGGAAAGAAGGCAAAUAUUUCAUUAAAGGAGAAUAUGAAGAUUACUUAAUACAUGGACUUCAUUCUAAGCCAUCAUCGUAAAAAGGACAAACCACUAACAGAUAAAACCGAAAUAUUCUUCAAGAUACUAUGUUAUGUACGAAUGUUAUAUACGAUCAUAUAAAUUGGGAAACGGUAGAGCGGCAGGAAUGCA